GCGAGGGUGAGGAGCGGCCCGGGAGGGUGUAGUUUUGUCUCCGCCAGUCCAGGCGCAGGGAAGCCGCAAACUCGGGCCGGGAGUGCAGCGGGUCCAGCUCAGCCCGGGCAGCAGGCGGCCCCCAGUCCCCGCGCAGGAGCUUUGUUUUAGACACAAUGUCUGCUCCAGCAUUCCAUCCACCAGCUCCCAGUAGCUACCCAAUCCCAUCAGCACCCCCUACAUAUGAAGAGACAACAGGAAUAAACACUUACCCUCCUUACCCUGCCCCGGAAUCUGGGCAUGGACCGAACAUGAAGAGUAUGAAUCCUCCUCCAUAUCUUUCACAACCUGUUCCAGCUCCUAAUCCAAUUACAGUUCAGACUGUGUAUGUGCAGCAGCCGGUAACAUUUUAUGAUCGUCCAGUUCAGAUGUGCUGCCCCUCCUGCAACAAGAUGAUAGUGACACGUCUCUCGCACAGUGCAGGAGCGCUGACCUGGCUGUCAUGUGGCAGCCUCUGUCUGCUGGGGUGCAUAGCUGGUUGCUGUUUCGUCCCCUUCUGUGUUGAUGCCCUCCAGGAUGUGGAUCACUAUUGUCCAAGCUGCCAAGCCCUCCUUGGUACCUACAAGCGUUUGUAGGCAAUAUCAAAUACUGAGUGAAGAUGGAUGUCCAAGAUUGUUCAGCACCUUUUCAAGCUCUUUCUGAACUUCAUGAAGAUCUCUGUGCAUUGUCAUUGUGAAUGGAUCAAGAUAUAUAUCUCUAUAUUGUUUUAAUAAGAAUCUGCUUAGGGAGACUCAGGACUGGUAACGGGAUAUAUAGUCUGUCACUUCACAGGCCACUUAUUCAAGCUGAUAGUGACCAAAUGUUGUCUCUGUAUGGUUUAUGCAAAAUAGAUGAUGGUGUGGGUCUGGUUAAUAUUAGAAAGCCCCCCGUGUGGAUUAGCACCUGCAUCACAGAGACCAAGCUCUGAACUGGCAUGCAGACAAACUUACCUUCUCACGCCUACAAGUGGUGCCUCUGGAAAAGCAUUGAAGCUGGUUGGCAGGGGACUGCCUAUGAUGGUCCUAUUCUGGGGCUAAAAAGGACUCUUGUCUCCAGAGUAGUCAAUCUGGCACCUUUUACGUGCACUAAAAUUCACUUUAAAUUUGUUUUUAAAAUUGUCUUUAAAAGAAACAGAACCAAAAAUAGCCUGAAGUUUGGCUUUUCCCGUAGGCUGCUUUACCAAAUCCAGCCCGCUCAGGCUACCAUGUCAGAUGGCUUCUCAACAUGGUCUCCCAGUUUCCUUGCUGUUUGUGAGUUCAGUCAGACCUUUAGCACUGCACAGAGUGUGUUUUGUGCAGGAUUGUUUUAUAAAUGUAUGUGUGUAUUUUUUUUUUUUUUUUUUACUGCUGAGUUAUAAAUCUGUGAAAAUAGCUUUCUAAUAGAAAUGCUGAUAGACCCAUGGCUAUCAGUGUUGUCUUUCCUAUAAUAUAAUUACAUGAGCCAAAUGGUAAAUUCUAAAAAAAAAAAACCCCUUGGGCCUUUUAGUUUGAUAAAGCUUGGGUUCCAUCUGUAUAAAUGUUUUUUUUAAAAAAUCAAAACAAAAUAUCUUUUUACUUGCUAUUGGUGUAAUCUGAUAAUCACAUUGUUUCAUUGAGAAGGUAACUUCUUUUGUUAAGAAGUUUCACUGAGUGAGUGCUAGGUGGGUAAGACUUGUAUAGUGAUAUUUCAAAUGAAAGAGACGUUUCCAAAAUGAAAUAUGGGUAGAAUUUCCAGAGUCUGAUCACAGGAAUUGAGGUUUGAGUCUCUGAAGGUUGAAGCACUUCUCAUGAUUGGGGUAGAGCUGUCUGAUAGAAACUGCAGCCUAACGCUGCUCCUUGUGUAAAGUAAAGCAUAAUUCCACCACUGAAGGUUCAAACGUGUUUGCUGCGAUUUGGUUGAACACAACUUCUGUCUAAAAAUGCAACAUUAGAAGUUGAGUUUAAAUAUGAGCUAUGAUUGUAAAGUUGUAUUAACCUGUGUAAACAAUAAAUAUUGCAACUAUAAUUCUUUUUAAAAAAAAGUCUCUCUCUAAAUAUUUGGAAUGGGGUAACUUUCCCCCAAAACAUUACAACUUUUAACAUUGAAAUUCAGUGGCUAUUGUACUACAGAUAUAUAGCUGACUUUUAUUUCUUUUUGUGGUUCAAUUUGCAAGUGGUUUUAAGAGCUCCCUCUAUGUUUAGAAAAAGUUUCAGGUCUGAUAGUUAGCUGCACCACAAGAAUUUACCGUAGUAGCAGCUACCUGACAACAGAAUAAUGGAGGUAAAGAGCUGAAACUAUUUUAUGUACUUUACACUCUGGAUUUAUGGUGGUAGCACAUGUAAUACACAAUCUGUAGGCAUAGGUUAUCUUAACUCAAGAAAACCAAAGCUUGAUGACAAUAGCAAUACCCCACAGUGCCAAAAAGCAUCAGUAGAGGUGACUUCUGUGGAAAGCAGAAAAGCCGUUUUAUGCGAGUAUUGAAAAUUUUUUGUAUUGUAAUCCAAAUAGAAGAUUCUGCUUUCCAUUUUGCAAUUUGACUGUUUAUUUCUUCCAUAAGACUUAUUUUCAAAGCUUGCUACAUCAGCAUAAGCAACGCCACCCUAAUUAAUAAAAUCUUCUUUUUAACA